AUGGAGCACCACGCACCUCACCCGAAAGCUGUCUUUGAAGGAUACUACAACAAAUUCAAGCUGCCGUCAGGGGCUCACUUGCUCAUCAUCAUCUCCGAAGUCAGAGGGGUGAACAAGAGACCCAAUGAGAUCUCAUGCGUCUAUGUACCUCAAGAUGCUUCGAAGAUCUACCACAAAGAGCUGUUCCCUGAAACCCUGGACAUGCGGCGGCUUGGACCCAAGGGUGACGCCUUCAUCCUUGAUGCACCAGGCAUAGGACACGUGAAAUGGCUCGAAGACUCGACGACUGAGUUCCAACUCGAUCAUGAGCUUUUCUCGCUCCACGCCACCACGACCUCCAGGGUUCCUUGGUCUGACACCGCGAACACGCCCGAAGGACCCUUGGUGUACUUGCCGCUGCCGUUACACUGGCACGUACAAUCGCUGGGCUCUCAAUGCAAAUUUGAUCUGCAGAUACGCGACUACAAGCUUCCACCAGAAGAUGUGUCUGGCGAAGCCAUUGUACACGAGGAGAAGAACUAUGCAUUCUCCUUUCCUUCUGCGCACAUGUGGGUCCAAUGCCGGGAUGGGGGCAGAGGCUUCUGCUGUGCGGGUGGUCAGAUCCUGGGCAUGGAAGCAUUCCUACUUGGCUACCGUAGCAAAGAUCUAAACUUCGACUUUCGACCACCAUUCGCUACACGUAUCGCUGGUCUCAGCCCUUUCAUGUCGUAUACCACCGACUGGGAGAACAGAGCGUUCGAGCUCAGCAUUCAGAGCUUCCGGCAGAAGAUCGUGGUGAAGGCUGUUGCACCGAAAGGCACAUUCUUCCCACUCAGCCCACCAUUCGACGACGGCCACCGGGAGAAUUACUUGAACCAAAGUUUUCAAGCCACUGUCGAGAUCAAGAUAUACGAGAGCGGGUGGUUAAGUCCUUGGCAGCUUGUCAGAGAAGACUCGUUCAGCGAAGCCAGCUUGGAGUUUGGAGGCGGCUAUUAUCCACUGGCUGGGAGCGACCAGCAUUUCAACUGA